GAAGCGCUAUUAACGGUUUUGAAAUUUAACUUUCUUCUCAUAUUAUUCGCCUUUCAAUGGCUAUUAUGUUUUUAUUACUACUUAGAAUUUUACAUACGUGAGACAUUUAAGAUAUGACUGUAAGAGUAACGUAUACUGUUCUGUGCUAAUAUCAUUUAGAAUAUAAUAUAUAUAAGAGAUCGAAAUAAUACAUUUAGCUGGACACAGAUUAAGUCAUGGAAUCAUUUCGUUUAGGUGAACCUGGCACCAUAAACAAUACAGAAACACUUAACCAACUGCCAGGAAACUACAAGGAAGAAACGCUUGGACGCAGAGAAAAUGUUUAUUAUGAUACAGGAAAAACAACUCCGAAUUCAACAGAUGACAACAGUUAUGACAAAAGUUCAGAACUAUUACCGACAUCCGGAGAACAGACAUCAGGCAACUUAAAAUCAAUCUCUUCACAGGCUGCUAGACAAUUUUCGGCUGAUGUGAAACCGCCAUAUUCAUACAUUGCCUUAGUUACGAUGGCAAUUGAAAGUGCGCCAACUGGAAUGAUGUCGUUAAACGAAAUUUAUCAGUUUAUAAUGAAUCGAUUUCCAUAUUAUCAAAAAGACCAACAAAGAUGGCAGAACUCAGUAAGACAUAACCUAUCUCUAAACGAUUGUUUUAUUAAAGUGCCACGUGCUGCAGGACGCCCAGGAAAGGGAAGUUAUUGGGCAAUACAUCCAGAUUGUAAAGAUAUGUUUGGCAAUGGUAGUUUCCUCAGAAGAUCAUCACGUUUCAAAAAGAAUAAAAAAGCAGACGAUUUCAGCAAAAACCCGUUUGGUCACCUGUAUGGAUCUCAUUCUGCACUUCCGGUUCCACCGCCAUUACACUCUCAUCAAUUUCCGUUUGCUGCUGAUACUAAUGCAUUUAAAUGGACGCCGUUUUCAGGAUAUACCCCUCAAACUCAAAGUGAACAUUCACUGAAUUCUGCAUUUGGGACAAGUUUUGGACAGCAUGUUGCUGCACCGUUCAGCCAUCAAAUGGCACCAAGUAACACAGACUCGUAUUAUUCUCCAACCUAUCAAACUCUUUCUUCGUCGCCGUAUAGUGGAUCAUCGCAUCAUUUUGGACAUCAGAGACUCUAAACAAUUUCAAUGUACAGUUGCCGUUUUAAAGAAAAUAUUAUCUAUGACAGGUGGGUGUAUUAGCAAGUGAUUUUGUGCAAUACAAAUUUCUGAAAGACGAUUUGCAUUCAAAUCAAAGAAACAUUUUUUUUUCAUUUAUUACAUGCAAUUAUACUCACCUUGACAAAUUGUUAUAAUGCCAUUAGCAAAAUAAAAAUGUAAUA